GCCGGGCCGGCACCGGAGCGCCGCGUCCUGCCCGGGGCCCAGUCGGUACCGGAGCGCCGGAGGGGGGGUGCUGCUGCCCGCGGGGACGCCGUGCCCGCCCUGCUGGCCGUGCCCUGGGCCAUGUCGUCCUCCGACGAGGAGACCCUCAGCGAGCGCUCCUGCCGGAGCGAGCGAUCGUGCCGGAGCGAGCGCUCCUACCGCAGCGAGCGCUCGGGCAGCCUCUCGCCCUGCCCCCCCGGGGACACCCUGCCCUGGAAUUUACCCCUCCACGAGCAGAGGAAGAGGAAGAGUCAGGAUUCGGUGCUGGACCCGGCCGAGAGGGCUGUCGUCAGGGUCGCAGAUGAACGGGACAGAGUCCAAAAGAAAACCUUCACUAAAUGGGUCAAUAAACACUUGAUGAAGGUGCGCAAGCACAUCAAUGACCUCUAUGAAGACCUGAGGGAUGGGCACAACCUCAUCUCCCUCCUGGAAGUGCUGUCAGGAGUGAAGCUGCCGCGUGAGAAGGGGCGGAUGCGCUUCCACCGCCUGCAGAACGUGCAGAUUGCCCUGGAUUUCCUGAAGCAGCGACAGGUGAAACUGGUGAAUAUCCGCAAUGAUGACAUCACAGAUGGCAACCCCAAACUCACCCUGGGGCUCAUCUGGACCAUCAUCCUCCACUUCCAGAUCUCUGACAUCUACAUCAGCGGGGAGCUGGGGGAUAUGUCAGCCAAGGAGAAGCUCCUGCUGUGGACACAGAAGGUGACAGCAGGUUACAUCGGGCUGAAGUGCACCAACUUCUCCUCCUGCUGGAGCGAUGGCAAGAUGUUCAACGCCCUCAUCCACAGAUACAGGCCAGAUCUGGUGGACAUGGAGAGGGUGCAGAUCCAGAGCAACAGGGAGAACCUGGAGCAGGCCUUCGAGAUCGCCGAGCGCCUGGGGGUCACUCGGCUGCUGGAUGCUGAAGAUGUGGAUGUUCCCUCUCCAGAUGAGAAAUCUGUGAUAACUUACGUGUCUUCAAUCUACGAUGCCUUUCCCAAAGUCCCCGAGGGAGGAGAAGGGAUCAGCGCCAUCGAGGUGGAUUCGAGGUGGCUGGAGUACCAGACCCGCGUGGAGUCCCUCAUCUCGUGGAUCAAGCAGCACACGAUACUCAUGUCAGACAAAUCCUUCCCCCAGAACCCUGUAGAGCUAAAGGCACUUUAUAACCAGUACAUACACUUCAAAGAAACUGAAAUCCCAGCAAAGGAGCAGGAGAAAGGACAGAUAGAGGAGCUCUACAAACUGCUAGAGGUUUGGAUCGAGUUUGGGCGCAUCAAGCUGCCCCAGGGCUACCACCCCAACGACGUGGAGGAGGAGUGGGGCAAGCUCAUCAUCGAGAUGCUGGAGCGCGAGAAGCUCCUGCGGCCGGCGGUGGAGAGGCUGGAACUGCUGCUACAAAUCGCCAACAAAAUCCAGAAUGGUGCUCUGAGCUGUGAGGAAAAGCUCACCCUGGCCAAGAACACGCUGCAGGCUGACGCUGCUCACCUGGAGGCAGGCCAGCCCGUGCAGCACGAGGCCGACGUGGUGGCGUUCCUGCAGGAGAGCGAGGGGCUCAUCCGCCAGCUCCAGGUGGACGUGCAGAUCCUCCGCGACGAGAACUACUACCAGCUGGAGGAGCUGGUGUUCAGGACCAUGAGGCUGAAGGACGAGCUGGUGACGCUGAGGUUGGAGUGCACCAACCUGUACAGGAAGGGCCACUUCUCCACCCUGGAGCUGGUGCCCACGUCCACGCUGAGCACCACACACCUCAAGGGCGAGUCCCUGACCAAGGGGCUCCACACCUCCUCGGCCUCCUGGUUCAGGAAGCCCAUGACCAGGACGGAGCUGGUGGCCAUCUCCUCCUCUGAAGAUGAAGGCAGCCUUCGCUUCGUCUACGAGCUGCUGGCCUGGGUGGAGGAGAUGCAGAUGAGGCUGGAGCGGGCAGAGUGGGGCACUGACCUGCCCAGUGUGGAAUCCCAGCUGGAGACCCAGAGGCACAUCCAUGCCAGCGUGGAGGACCUGGGAUCCAGCGUGAAGGAGGCCAGGGUGUAUGAGGGCAAAAUGUCUCCGAAUUUCCGCGCCAGCUACACAGAGACACUGGGCAAGCUGGAGACUCAGUACUGCAAACUGAUGGAAACCUCGAGCUUCAGGCUGAGGCACCUGCAGAGCCUGCACGGAUUCGUGUCCAGGGCCACAGCUGAGCUGAUCUGGCUGAAUGAGAAGGAGGAGGAGGAACUGGCCUACGACUGGAGUGAUAACAACCCCAACAUUGCAGCCAAGAAGAAUUACUUCUCGGAGCUGACAGCAGAGCUGGAAGAGAAGCAGGACAUCUUCCGUUCCCUCCAGGACACGGCUGAGCUGCUCUCCCUGGAGAACCACCCUGCCAAGCAAACCGUGGAGGCCUACAGUGCUGCUGUGCACACCCAGUGGCAGUGGAUCAAGCAGCUGUGCCUGUGCGUGGAGCAGCACGUCAAGGAGAACGCUGCCUAUUUCCAGUUCUUCAGCGACGCCCGGGAGUCGGAGACGUACCUGCGCAACCUGCAGGACUCCAUCAAGAGGAAAUAUUCCUGCGACCACAACACGAGCCUGACACGGCUGGAGGACCUGCUGCAGGACUCCAUGGAUGAGAAGGAGCAGCUGAUCCAGUCCAAGAGCUCCGUGGCCAGCCUGGUGGGACGCUCCAAGAGCAUCGUCCAGCUGCGGCCCAGGAACCCAGAGCACGCCGUGAGGAGCACCAUCCCCAUCAAGGCUGUCUGUGACUACAGGCAGAUCGAGAUCACCAUCUGCAGGAACGACGAGUGUGUCCUGGAGGACAAUUCCCAGAGGACCAAGUGGAAGGUCAUCAGCCCCACAGGGAACGAGGCCAUGGUGCCUUCUGUCUGCUUCCUGAUCCCCCCACCCAACAAAGAGGCCAUCGAGAUGGCCAGCAGGGUGGAGCAGCUGUACCAGAAGGUGAUGGCUCUCUGGCACCAGCUGCACAUGAACACCAAGAGCCUCAUCUCCUGGAACUACCUGAGGAAGGACAUAGCCCUGGUGCAGAGCUUCAGCAUGGAAAAGCUGAGAUCCUUGGCUCAGGGGGAGUGUCAGCAAGCCCUGAAGAGCCUGCAGGGCCACUACGAGGAUUUCCUGCAGGACAGCCGCGACUCAGAGCUGUUCUCCGUGUCGGACCGGCUGCGCCUGCAGGAGGAGGUGGAGUCCUCCAAGGAACACAUCCGGCAGCUGCUGGAGUCCAUGGAGAACGAGGACAAGGAUGAGACCGUGGCCAGGACGUACCUGUCCGAGCUGAAGAACAUCCGCCUGCGGCUGGAGGAGUGCGAGCAGCGGCUCGUCAGCCGCAUCCAGGCCCCGAGCAGCGCCCGGGCAGACGGGGACACCAUCCAGGAGAACACCCUGCGCAUUGCAGAGCAGGAGCGCACGCAGGAGGAUCUGCAGCAGCUGCAGUCAGAGCUCAGGGUUGUGUCUGAGAGGUGCUACAGCUUCCUGGACAAAGCUCCUGCAGGGCCCAGCACGCCCCACCUGCGCUCAGAGCUGGACCUGGUGGUGAACAAGAUGGAGCAGACACAUGGGCUGUCUUCCAUCUACCUGGAAAAGUUGAAGACGGUUGACAUCAUUAUCCGCAGCACCCAGGGAGCAGAAUCCCUGGUCAAGGGCUACGAGGUGAAGCUGAGCCAGGAGGAGGCUGUUCCUGCUGACCUGGCAGCCAUUCACACCCACAGGACAGCCCUGCAGCAAUGGCUCGGCGAGGUAAAGGACAAGGGCUCCGUGUUCUCCAGGCUGGAGGAGGAGAUGGCGAGGGCAAAGGAGGUGGGGGAGCAGCUCUUCAGGCUGAGGCAGGAGCGCAGCAUCGACCUGGAGCGCUUCCAGGAGAAGGGCAGCCAGCUGUGGGACCGCUGGCAGCGAGUCUGUGCCCAGAUUGAGACCCGCCACACGGAGCUGGAGAGCAUCCAGGAGGUGCUGAGCGAUUACCGGCAGUGCCACGGCGCCCUGAUCCAGUGGAUUGAGGAGAUCACAGCCCAGCAGGAGCUGAUGAAGCCCGGCCAGGCCGAGGACAGCCGGGUGCUGUCGGAGCAGCUCAGCCAGCAAACGGCUUUGGCUGCAGAAAUUGAGAAGAACCAAGCCAAGCUGGACCAGUGUCAGAAAUUCUCCCAGCAAUACUCGGCUGCUGUCAAGGACUACGAGCUGCAGCUGAUGACCUACAGGGCCUUCGUGGAGUCGCAGCAGAAGUCGCCCAUGAAGCGCCGGCGGAUGCUCUCCUCCUCAGAUGCCAUCACCCAGGAGUUCAUGGAUUUGAGGACCCGUUACACAGCCCUGGUCACUCUGACCACCCAGCACGUGAAGUACAUCAGUGACGCUCUGCGGCGCCUGGAGGAGGAGGAGAAAGUGGUGGAGGAGGAGAAGCAGGAGCACGUGGACAAGGUGAAGGAGCUCCUGGGCUGGGCCCUGGGCUUGAAGCAGAGUGUGCAGGGCAGGGCAGCUGCUGCUGGCAGCAGAGAGCUGGGAGACAUUGAGAAAUCCAUCUCAGAGCAGCAGGCCCUGAAUGAGGAGCUGACUGCGAAGAAGGAGCAGGUCUCUGAGGCCAUCAAAACUUCCCAAAUCUUCCUGGCAAAACACAGCCACAAGCUUUCCCAACCAGAAAAGGAUCAGAUUUCUGCUCAGAUCGGUGCUCUGAAGGAAACCUACCAGGCUCUCUGCAGCAACUCCACGGAGCAGCUCCAGCAGCUCCAGAGCCAGCUGGCUCAGGAGACAGAGCACAAGGGCAGCGAAGCCGUGGCAGGAGUGAUCGAUCUUGGCACGGUAGAAAUAUUCCCUGUGUUUGGUGCCAUGCAGAGAGGUCUGAUAGAUCAGGACACAGGCCUGGUCCUCCUGGAGGCCCAGGUGAUCUCCUCUGACUUAGUUGUCCCAGAGACCAGUGAGAAACUCUCCUUGGAGGAAGCCCUGGCAAGAAACAUCAUUGAUCCCAGGGCGUUCCAGGUGCUGCAGGAACUGAAGGAUGCCCUCCAGCAGGUGGAAGAGAUCAGACGUGAAGGGAGGCAGCUCCUCCCCGUCGCUGCUGCCAUAGAAGAGGGCAGGAUCAGCGAGAGCAUUGGGCUGAAGAUUCUUGAGGCCGAGCUCCUCACUGGGGGCUUUAAAUCCCAGCAGGGCAGAAUCAGCGUGGAGACAGCAGUGCAAGAGGGGCUCCUUCCCCCCCAGCUCCACUCCAGGCUCCUGUCCCACCUGGAAUGUGGCAAGGACCUGAUUGACCCCAACACUGCUGAGAAGAUCAGCCUGCCUGAGCUCCUGGACAGGUGCAUCACCCACCACGAGGCCGGGCUGAGGCUGCUCCCAGUCAGGCAGCUGGCGGGUGGCAUGGUGAGCCUGAGGUCAGGCAGGGAGGUCAGCAUCUUCCGUGCUCUCCAGGAGGGGCUCAUAGACAGGCAGGUGGCCACCAGGCUGCUGGAAGCCCAGCUCUUUGCUGGUGGCAUUGUGGACCCCAGGACAGGGCACAGGCUGACCGUGGAUGAGGCUGUCAGGCACCAUUUGAUUGAGCAGGAUUUGGCCUGCACGCUCCUCGUGCGGCAGCUCCAGACUGGUGGGAUCGUGGACACCACCACGGGAGAGAGGCUGAGCGUGGAUGAGGCCCUGAGGAGGGGUUUGGUGGCUCCAAGGACUGCACUGCUGGUGCUGGAGUCCCUGUGGUCCUUCAUGGGGCUGCUGUGGCCAGAGACAGGGGAGGUCAUCCCCGUUGUAGAUGCUUUGGAGCAGGGGAUGCUCUCCACGGAGGUGAUGGAGGAGGCUCUGAGCAAGAGGCAGCUCCUGCAGGCUGUUUUCGUCCCAGAAACCACAGAGGUGGUGUCCUGGCAGAGGGCAGUGGAGCAGGGCAUCCUGGACAGAGAGGUGGUGAAGGAGCUGAAAGCAACAGCCAUCCCUGAUGUCCUGGCCGGCGUGCAGCUCUCUGGAGCUCCAAGCAGGAGCCAGAGCUCCCCUGGAAGGAGCCCCACAGCUCAGGAGGAACCUCUGCUGAGGAGUGCUGAUGAAAAGCUGAUGUUCCACCUGAUGACCCACAGCUACAUCAACAUCCACGAUGGCCAGAAGGUGCUCCUGGUGGAUGCAGAGUUGAACAACCUCACUAAAGCUCUCAUCCAAAGCCAGGAAAAUGGAUCCUGUGCACAGGUGUUGGAAGGCUUUGAGGAGAGGGAGGCAGCUCUUGAAAGCAAACCUUGCAAUGGUUUGGCUACAAUGCAGCAGCUUGAGCUUCAAUCUGCUCCUUCAAAAGGUGAAAGUGAGAAGAUCCUACCACCCAGAAGUGCUCUGGAGAAUGGGGAGGUGGUGGUGGGACCUGAAGGUCUCCUCUUGGAGGAUGCAGAGGAGUUCCUGCGUGUGGAAGAGCAGGAGCAGAUUUCCCCUGAGCUGGAGAGCAUCAGGAGUGAAACUGAUGCUGAAUUUGGAAAAGAACAGGUGAUUUUUACAACCAGGGAUAAACAUCGGGUAAAAUUACUGAUACCAGAACCUCCCAGUGACCUUGGCAGUGGAUUAACCAGAGAAACAGAGGCAGAAGAAGAGUCCAAGCCUCCUGCAGCAGAUGGAGUGGAAGGUCCCGAAUAUCAGAAGAGGGCAUUGGAAAGUGGGGCAGUGGUUGUGAAAAGUGAAAUCUGCAUUACAAUGGGCGUUCCAGAAAGCAGAGACAGACUGAAAAUGGUGGCAGAGGGGUCUCGGGGUGUGAGGGAGCCUGGAGGAGAGGCAGGAGAUGUGAGGGAUGUGAGAGAGGUUUAUGUGCUGAAGGAGGGGACAGUUGAAAAUGGUGUGCUGGGAGGAGAGGAGGAUGUGCUCCCUGCACGUGGGGAGGCAGCACCAGCAGAGAGGCAAAGCAAGGACACGGAAACCGUGCUGAAAGUGGAGGAAGGAGAGUGGGAAGAAGUGUUGGGUGAUGAGGGACCACCCCUGCCACCCCACGAGGAGCAGGAAGCAGAGGACACAGGAGAGCAGGAAGAAGUGCUGGGUGAUGAGGGCGUUGAGGAGCCACCCCUGCCAGCCCCUGAGGAGCAGGAAGCAGAGGACACUUUGGAAAAGCUCCUGAUGCAGCUCCAAAGUGGUGGCAUCACCCACGAGCAGACGGGCAGGACCCUGCUGCUGGAUGAGGCCGUGGCCUCUGGGGUGGUGUCUGGCCACACGGCUGUGAAACUCAUGGAGAGGAUGAAGAUGUUUAGUGGCUUCUUUGACCCUCAGGCCUGUGAAUCCUUGACCACUGAGGACGUGAUUGAGGAAGGUCUGAUGGAUGAGGAGCUGCUCCAGAAGGUGCUCACGUCUGACAAAGCCAUAAGUGGUGUCCUUGACCCGGGCAACAACUUUGUCUACUCCAUCAAGGACGCUGCUGCUGUUGGCCUUCUGGACAAGGAGACAGCCAUGAGGAUCCUGGAAGGGCAGGUGGUCACUGGGGGCAUUGUUGACUUGAAACGUGGCAAGAAGGUGUCAGUGACUUUGGCUUCAAAUCUGGGCCUCAUAGAGCCGACGAGCCAGGCAGAGCUGGUGAAGCUGGAGAAGGCUUCCAAGGGGAGAGGCACUGAUGAGGUGACCAGGCAGAAGCUCAUUAAUUUGCAGGCUGAGACCAGUGGGAUUGUGGAUCCUGCAAGCAAGCAGCCUUUGACUGUGGCAGAGUCUGUUGAAAAAGGGCUCCUGGAGAAGGAAGAAGCUUUUCAGCUCUUGACCAAGCAGGUUGGCGAUGGAGGGAUCAUCCACCACGUGUCUGGGAUGAGGCUGUCGGUGGACAACGCCAUGAAGCACGGUUUGAUCAGUCCAGCCCUGUGCAAGGAGCUCAGGAAAGCUGAAAGCGUGGUCCUGCAGGGCUUUGUGCACCCAGCCACCAAGGAGAAGCUGCCCUUGCCCCAGGCAGUGUCACUGGGGCUCCUCAGCCCAGAAUUCCAGAGGAAAGUGCAGGAAAUCCAGGCUGAGAGCGGGAGCAUCCUCGACCCAGCUUCUGGCCAGCGGCUGGCUCUGAGCGAGGCGGCGCGGGAGGGCUUGGUGCCCCAGCAGGCGGUGGAGAAAGCCCUGUCAUCUUCAGCCAUGAGAGAAGGCAUUGUGGACCCCGAGAGCUGCCGGAUCACCCCCUACUCAGAGCUCCUGAAGAAGUGCAGAAUCGACGUGGAAUCCGGCCAGCGGUACCUGGAGGUGCAUCCCUUGCAGGCCGUCAGGGACGAGGCGACGGGCGCCAAGCUGCCGUGUGCCCAGGCGGUGAGGCUGGGCAGGGUGGACCCCCUGCCCGCCCUGAGGCUGCUGCAGGCACAGGCAGACGCCGGAGGCCUGGUGGUGGAGGGCUCCGUGAGCAAGAGGCUGUCCCUGAGGGCGGCUGUGGAGCGCGGCGUGCUGGAUGAGGCCAUGGCCAAAGUCAUCGCCAGCAACCAGCUCAGGGCUGGGGGAAUCGUGGGUGCCCCCGGUGGGGAAAGGUUGACUGUGAGGGAGGCUGUUGGGAAAGGGCUGAUUAGCCAAAAAUUAGCUGCUGGUCUUCGGGAUGUGCAGGUGUCCGAGGGGAAAGUUGGCUCUGAGGUGUUUGAAGCGGAAAAAUCGCAAGUCUCGCAGGAAAAAAUAGAAAAAUUGUCUCCAAAAGAGGGAGGUGUCAUCCUCCCUGCCAGGUCUGAUGGUGCUGAGCCCAAAGCUCACCCUGAAGCUGUGAGCUAUGACACAGCUCAGGCGGUUGGGAAAGGGCUGAUUAGCCAAAAAUUAGCUGCUGAUCUUCAAGACAUGUCACUAUCUGAGGAGAAGGUUGGCUCUGAGGUGUUCAAAGUGGAAAAAAUGCAGGAAAAAAUAGAAAAACUGUCUCCAAAAGAGGAGGGUGUCAUCCUCCCUGCCAGGUCUGAUGGUGCUGAGCCCAAAGCUCAUCCUGAAGCUGUGAGCUAUGACACAGCUCAGAGUGCAGCUGCUGCCACUGAGAAAUCCCCCAAAGCAUGGCCAGAAAGGAAAUUAAAGCCCCAGGAAGCUUCAGAGGGUGGUGUCUGUCCCCAAGAUGAACAUCAUCGUCAUCUUCAUCACCCCCAGGCAAAGGCUGAGGUGACUCCAGAGCUCCCCUCAGUGUUGGGGACAGUGUCCCUCCCUGAAGAGGCAAUGGUGACAGGGGCUGUGGAAAAAGGGAUCCCAAAAGGCAUCUCCCAAGUGAGAGCAGCCCAGGGCAAGGAAUUGAGGGAAGAAAUGGAUGGAAGGGCAGAGAAAGUUGAGAGACAGGGCUUGGAGGAGGAGCAGUUGGGCACAGAGGUGCUUCACAAGGAGGAUGAUGAUGAGGAGAGGAAGAGGAGGAAAGAGUUUGUAAGUGCAGAGGGAGUUGUGGCAGGUGGAGAAGGUGCAGUGGUGACUUCUGGGCGUGGAGAGAGAGUGACCAGCGUGGUCCAGGAGACACCAGCAGCCCCGAGGGAUUCUGUCAGUGUGGGUACAGGGAAGGGAGGGAUGGGUCCUGCAGAACCCCCUGAGCUUGGUGUUCCUGUGGGAGAUGGGCUUGCAGGGGAAAGAGCUGCCAAACACACAGGAGGAGAAACCCCUCGCAUAGAAAGUGAGCAGGAAAAAACCAGUGUAACUGAGCUAAAACCUACCCAGAAAAAGAAAAGCAAGAAGAAGAAAGCGAAGCAGGGCAGCAUUCCAGGAGACAGCGCUCAGCCAGAGGAACCUGCAGAGAAGCAGCUCCUUCCUCCCCUGGCUCCCCAAGAAAUUCCAAGGAGAAAGGGCGAGGAGCAGCACUUUGUCCCCAGGGUGCCAGAGCCAGAACAUGAAUCCAGCACCGAGGCUGCUGCUGGGCUGGCACGAGACACAGCCAAGCACAAGGGUGGAAAAGGGAGGAAAACAAUUCCUGUGAGAGACACAGAAACCCCCAGAGAGGAUCGGGUGCUCCCUGAGCACGGGGAAGCUCGAGAGGUGGUGGAAGGUGGCACCAAGGAUGGGCAGGAUUCCUGGGUGGCCCUGAAACGUGAGGGAAGGAGCCUGAGUCUGGAGGAAAGGAUGGCUCAGGAUGACUCCAGGGUGGAAUCCUUGGUGGUCCUGAGUCUGGAGGAAAGGAUGGCACAGGAGGACACCAGGAUGGAAACCACCCAGGAUGUGCCCAGCACAGCCACCGUGGCACAGGAACUGCCCCAUGACUUAAUUGUCAGAGAGGAACCCACAGAAAUUCAGGAAACCUCCGCAAUCCUGGAGCUUGGAGAGGAGAAGCAGCACGAGCAAGGAGCUGAGCUCAGAGGAGACCAAGGAGGAGCCUCUGCUCCCCCAAAACCCAAAGAAGAGACCCCCCAGGAGAGGAGCAAGCAGCCAGGCCCAGGUUUGCUCUUACCUGUGAUCGUGGAGGGGGAGCUGCUGGAAACCUCGAGGGAGUCCACGAGGCCGGCCCAGAUCAAGUUCAGCAAGAAGAUGUGUCUGGAGCACGACCAGAGGCUGAUAUCUUAUCUCUCCAUGCUCCGAGACAUCGAGAUGAGAAUCAAGCGUGUGCAGCCAGCAGAGCAGAAUUUGGCAGCCCUGCACGACCUGAGGCAGCAAGCAGAGGCUCUGGGCUCCGAGCUGCAGGAGCUGAGCUGCCCAGUGAAUCAGGAGCUGGAUGCCGUGCAGAGGAUUGUGGCCAACCCGCCUGAAGAGGUCCCUGAGCAGUUACUGAAGGCUUUGGAGAAGGAUGCCAAGAACCUCCAGAAGUCUCUGAGCUCUGCAAGCGAGGUCCUGCAGUCCCGGCUGCAAAACCUUCGUGGGGCAGCGGAAGCUGAAAAGGCUAAAAUCCUGGCCCAGCACGAGGCUCUGGAGGGCAGGCUGCAGGAGCUGCUGAGCUGGGUCCGUGGCACCAUGGAGUCACUGGAUGACAGAGAUUUCCAGCAGGCCACCGAUGGCAGCAGCUUGGGUCACUGCCUGCAGCACUACAAGGAGCUGAAGGAGCCCCUUGCUGACACCAAGGCUGAGCUGGACGCCGCUGCCUUCGACGUCCAGCUCCUCAUCUCGGAGCACGCGCAGGAUUUGACGCCCCAGCAGAGCAGGCAGCUGCUGAGGCUGCUCAACGAGCUGCAGAGAGCCUUCAGGGAGCUGUCAGAGCGCGUGGCAGCGCGGCUGGAGGUGCUGCAGCUCUGUCUCCAGCAAGCGGAGCAGACGGAGCAGGUGAAGACGCUGCAGGAGCAGCAGGCAGCCCGGGCACAGAGCCUGGCCGAGCUGAGCCGCUGGCUGGGCCAGGCUGAGGACACCCUGGCAGAGCAGCAGACAGCAGAGGGGGACCUGCCCGCCCUCCAGCAGAGGCAGAGCGAUGUUAAGGAGCUGCAGAGGAGCAUGCACAGCAGAGCCGCCUCCUUCGCCGGUGUCCUGAAGAGCACAGAGCAGUUCUUGGAGGAGAACAAGGCCAAGCUGGAGCCUGGGGAGCUGGCAGCACUGCAGCAGGACCUGCAGCGUGCCAAGGAGCAGUACCAGUCCCUGCAGGAGAGGACAGAGGUGGCCCAGAAGGAGCUGGAGAGUGCUGUGAGUGCUGCAGUGCAGCAGGAGACUGAGAAGGUGAAAGCUGCCAAGGAGCUGGAGGAGAACAGCAAUAAGAUCGAUUCCCUCCUGAGCUGGGUGGCGUCGCUGGAGCAGAGGGCAGAGCUCCCAGAGUACAGACCCCACCCUGCCAGCCCAGGCUCAGCAAAAAGCACUGGGGAUGUCCCUGAUGGCCACACUGUGGGAGCAGGCAGUGCUGCUGAGAGCCUGGAUGAGCACUACGAGAGGCUGAAGGCGCAGCACCAGGAGCUGCUGUCCCAGCAGCAGGACAUCAUCCUGGCCACGCAGGCAGCACAGGCUUUCCUGGACAAGCAGGGGCCCAGCCUGGCUGGGCAGGAGCAGGAGAGGCUGCAGGCACAGCUGGCACAGCUGCGGGAGCGGUACCCGGCGUCGCUGGCGCGCGCCGAGGCGCAGCUGAAACGGGUGCAGCUCCUCAGGGAGGAGCUCCACAAGUUCCUGCAGGACCACGGGGAGUUCCAGGCCUGGCUGGAGCAGGCGGAGCAGGAGCUGCAGGGCAUGUACAAGGGGGACAGCGACCCUGCCUCCCUGAGGCAGCUGCUGCGGCGCCAGGGCAGCUUCGCCGAGGAUGUGAUCUCCCACAAGGGUGACCUGCGCUUCGUCACCAUGUCGGGGGAGAAGUUUCUGGAUGGGGAUGCUGGGGGUGAUGAAUCCCAGCUGGUGAUGUCCAGGAGUGUGGUCAAGAGCAAGCUGGAGGAUGCCACGCAGAGAUACACCACGCUGCACUCCAAGUGCUCCAGGCUGGGCUCCCACCUGAACACCUUGCUGGAUCACUACCAGCAGUUCCAGGAGGUGGCAGAGUCUCUGAGGACGUGGCUGCAGGAGAGUGAGGCUGCCCUGGGGAAGCUGCUCUCAGAAACGGUCUCCUCGGAUCUGGCCGUGCUGCAGAAGCAACUCGCCAGCACCAAGCAACUGCAGGGAGACCUGGCUGAGCACCAGGUGCCAGUGGAGAAGCUGCAGAAAGCAGCUCGGACCUUGCUGGACAUCCAAGGGGAGCCAGCCCCAGACCACGGCCACAUCCAGGAGACAACAGAUGCCAUCGUGAGCCGCUUCCAGAGCCUGUCCCAGCAGAUGUCCGAGCGCUCAGACCUGCUGCAGAAAUCCAUUGCCCAGUCCCAGAGCGUCCAGGAGAGCCUGGAGAGCCUCCUCCAGUCCGUGGCUGAGAUUGAGAAGAGCCUGGAGAAGGAUCAGCCAGCUGUGCUCACCUCUGCCUCCAUCCAGGACUCGCUUGCCACCAGUGUGAAGCUGAAGCAGGACAUUGCCAGGCAGAGGAGCUGCCUGGAGGCCACCAGGGAGAUGGUGACGCGCUUCACCGAGGCCGCCGACAGCCCCGCGGCCUCCACGCUGCAGGACAAGCUGGCGCGGGUGACAGAGCACUUUGGGAGGCUGUGCCAGCAGCAGCAGCAGCGGGAGGACGCCCUCAAGGGCCUGCUGCCCAAGGUGGAGCAGUACGAGCAGCUGUGGGAGAAGCUGCAGCAGUUCACGGAGAGCAGGACGCGGCUGCUGGCGUCCGGGAACCAGCCGGACCACGACAUCGCUCACUUCGCCCAGCACAUCCAGGAGCUGAACUCGGAGAUGAGGCAGCACCAGGAGGACCUGGCCACCCUGGAGCACCUGGCUGAGGAGCUCAGCUCCUGUGGCUUCACCCCCAGCUCCUCCCAGCAGCAGGAGAAGCUGCAGAGCCUGAAGAAGGAUUUCCUGCAGCUCCAAAAGGUGGCAAAAGACAGAGAAAAGGACGCCUCAUCCUGCCAGGAGCAACUGGACGAGUUUCGGAACCUGGUCGGCGCCGUCAGGAAGUGGCUGAGGGAGGCUGAAGGCAAAAUUCCACCUGCUGAGACCUCCCUGGGCACCCAGGAGCUGCAGCAGCACAGGCAGCAGAUCCAGGAUCUCCUGGAGGAAUGGAAGGGGAAGGGCCCCCAGGUGGAGGAGAUUGGCCGCAGAGGGACGCUCCUGGAGAACCUGAUCGUGGAGAUCACGGCCCCCAACACCCCUCCCAAGGCAGGUGCCACUCUGCCCACUGCAGGAGGCUCGGGAGGCAGCGUGAACGGAUACCACACCUGCAAAGACCUGACGGAGAUCCAGUGCGACGUGUCGGACGUGAGCCGGCGGUACCAGGCGCUGGGUGCAGCCCUGCAGGAGCGCCUGCAGCAGCUCUCAGCCAUGCUGGACAGCAUGCAGCAGGUGCAGGAGGAGGCCAGCUCCAUGCUCAAGUGGCUGGAGUCCAAGGAAAGGAUGCUGUCCGAGCUGGACACCUCCUCCUCGCCCACCAAGACGGAGACGAUGAGAGCGCAGGCUGAGCACAACAAGGCAUUUCUGGCUGAGUUGGAACAGAAUUCUGGGAAGAUCCAGAAGGUGAAGGAAGCACUUUCUGGCCUGCUGGAGAAAUAUCCAGAUUCCCCAGAAGCAGCGAACUGGAAGAAGAUGCAGGAAGACCUGAAUUGCAGGUGGGAGAGGGCCAGCCAGGCCACGGCUGCACGGCAGCAGAAGCUGGAGGAGUCAGCGACCCAGCUGGCCACGUUCCAGGCCACUGAGGCCCAGCUGAGGCCCUGGCUGAUGGAGAAGGAGCUGAUGAUGAGCGUGCUGGGCCCCCUCUCCAUCGACCCCAACAUGCUGAACGCUCAGAAGCAGCAGGUGCAGUUUAUGCUGAAGGAAUUCGAAGCUCGCCGGCAGCAGCACGAGCAGCUCAACCAGGCAGCCCAGAGCAUCCUGACUGGGCCUGGAGAUGUCUCCCCAUCCACCAGCCAGGUGCAGGAGGAGCUCCAAGGGGUCAACCAGAAAUGGUCCGAGCUCACCGAGCGCCUCAACUCCCGCUCCAGCCAGAUUGACCAAGCCAUAGUGAAGAGCACCCAGUACCAGGAGCUUCUGCAGGGCCUCUCAGAGAAGGUGAAGGCUGUUGGGCAGCGCCUGAGCGGCCAGUCUGCCAUCAGCACCCAGCCUGAUGCUGUCAAACAGCAGCUGGAGGAGACCAGCGAGAUCCGCUCGGACCUGGAGCAGCUGGAGGAGGAGAUCUCAGAGGCUCAGACCCUCUGUGAUGACCUCUCCGUGCUGAUUGGGGAGCAGUACCUCAAGGAUGAGUUGAGGAAACGUCUGGAGACGGUGGCACUUCCCCUGAAAGGCCUGGAAGAUCUGGCAGCCGACCGGAUGAACCGGCUGCAGACAGCGCUCGCCAGCUCCCAGCAGUUCCAGCACAUGUUUGAUGAACUCAGGACCUGGCUGGAUGACAAAAGGUGCCAGCAAGCCCAGAGCCAACCCAUCUCUGCUAAGCUGGAGAGGCUGCAGAGCCAAAUCCAGGAGCAAGAAGAGUUCCAGAAGAGCCUCAACCAACACAGCGGCUCCUACGAGAUGAUUGUGGCCGAGGGAGAGGCCCUGCUGCUGUCUGUCCAGCCUGGGGAGGAGAAGACCACUCUGCAGAACCAGCUGGUGGGCCUGAAAACACACUGGGAGGAGCUCAGCAAGCAGGCUGCUGACAGGCACUCCAAGCUCAAGGACUGCUUGCAGAAAGCUCAGAAGUACCAGCGGCACGCCGACGACCUGCUGCCCUGGGUGGAGGACUGCAAGGCGAGGAUGGCAGAGCUGGAGGUAACCCUGGACCCAGUGCAGCUGGAGGCCGCUCUCCUGAGGUCCAAGGCCAUGCUGAGUGACGUGGAGAAGCGCAGGUCCCUGCUGGAGAUGCUCAACAGUGCCGCUGACAUCCUGACUGACGCUUCCCAGACGGACGAGGAUGACAUCCGCGACGAGAAGGCCGCCAUCAACCACAAGAUGGAUGCCAUCACAGAAGAGCUGCAGACCAAGACUGGCUCCAUUGAAGAGAUGUCCCAGAGGCUCAGGGAGUUCCAGGAGAGCUUCAAGAACAUCGAGAAGAAGCUGGAAGGGGCGAAGCACCAGCUGGAGAUCUACGACGCCCUGGGGCCGCAAGCCUGCAGCAACAAGAAUUUGGAGAAGCUCAGGGCACAGCAGGAGGUGCUGCAGGCCCUGGAGCCGCAGGUGGAUUAUCUGAAGAACCUCACUCAGGGCCUGGUAGAAGAUGCUCCAGAUGGAUCUGACUGCUCCCAGCUCCUCGGCCAAGCUGAGGUGGCUCAGCAGGACUUCAAGGCCAUCAAACAGAAAAUCAACGAUUGCUGCGCUCUGAUGGAGAACAAGCUGGAAGGGAUCGGCCAGUUCAACAGCAGGGUCAGGGAGAUGUUCUCGCAGCUGGCAGACCUGGAUGAUGAGCUGGACAGCAUGGGCCCCAUCGGGAGAGACUCUGACAGCCUCCAGUCCCAGGCCGAGGACGUCCGCGCCUUCCUGGGCAAGCUGCACCGGCUGAAAGGCGACAUCGAGUCCUCCGAGAGCGAGUGCAAGAAAAUGCUGGAGGACGAGGGCAGCCCCGACCUGCUGGGGCUGAGGAGGGAGCUGGAGACGCUGAGCAAGCAGUGCAGCAAGCUGACGGAGAGGGGCAGGAACCGGCAGGAGCAGGUGGAGACCACGCUGUCCCGCGUGGAGGACUUCUACAGCCGCCUGAAGGAGCUGAGCCUCAUGACCACGGCGGCCGAGGAGAACGAGGCCCUGCAGUGGGUGGUGGGCACAGAGGUGGAGACCAUCAACCAGCAGCUGGCAGACUUCAAGCAAUUCCAGAAGGAGCAAGUGGAUCCCCUCCAGCUAAAGCUACAACAAGUCAAUGGAGUUGGUCAGGGACUCAUCCAAAGCGCCGGGAAAAACUGUGAUGUCCAAGGGCUGGAGCAUGACAUGGAAGAAAUCAACACCCGCUGGAACACCCUCAACAAGAAGGUGGCCCAGCGAGUGGCCCAGCUGCAGGAGGCCCUGUUGCACUGCGGGAAGUUCCAGGAUGCCCUGGAGCCACUGCUGAGCUGGCUGGCAGACACCGAGGAGCUCAUCUCCAACCAGAAACCUCCCUCUGCCGAGUACAAGGUGGUGAAAGCCCAGAUCCAAGAGCAGAAGCUGCUGCAGCGCCUCCUGGACGAUCGCAAGGCCACGGUGGAGAUGAUCCAGGCGGAGGGCGACCGCAUCGCGCAGUCGGCCGAGCCCGCGGACCGCGACAAGAUCGUGGGGCAGCUGGAGAGCCUGGCACGGCGCUGGGCAGGGCUGCUGGGCAGGGCAGCUGCCAGGCAGAAGCAGCUGGAGGAUAUCUUGGUGCUGGCAAAGCAGUUCCACGAAACCACCGAGCCUGUGUCCGAGUGGCUGUCGGUGACAGAGAAGAAAUUGGCCAACUCUGAGCCCAUUGGCACCCAGACUGCCAAAAUCCAGCAGCAGAUCAGCCGCCACAAGGCUCUCGAGGAGGACAUAGAGAGCCACUCCACCGACGUGUCCCGGGCGCUGGGGGUCGGGCAGUCCCUGUCCUCGCUGAGCUGUGCUGCUGAGCAGAGGCUGCUGGCAGAGAGAUUAGAGGCUCUGCAGGGCCGCUACGGCGAGGUCCGCGAGCGGUGCGGCCGCAAGGCAGCCCUGCUGGACCAGGCCCUGGCCAACGCCAGGAUUUUUGGGGAGGAGGAGGUGGAAGUGCUCAACUGGCUGGCUGAGGUGGAGGACAAGCUGGGCUCAGUGUCCGUAAAGGAUUUCAAACGGGACGUCCUGCAGAAGCAGCAUGCCGACCAGCUGGCUCUGAACGAGGAAAUUGUGAACAGGAAGAAGAACGUGGACCAAGCCAUUAGAAAUGGCCAAGCUCUCCUGAAGCAAACCACAGGGGAGGAGGUGCUGCUGAUCCAGGAGAAGCUGGACGGAAUCAAGACGCGUUACUCCGACAUCACCGCCGCCAGCUCCAAGGCCCUGCGCACGCUGGAGCAGGCACGGCAGCUGGCCACCAAAUUCCAGUCCACCCACAAGGAGCUCACCGGGUGGAUGAGCAAGGUGGAGGAGGAGCUGGCCUCCAGCGGGGCGCAGUCCCCUGCUGGAGAGCAGAUCCCCCAGUUCCAGCAGCGGCAAAAGGAGCUGAAGAAGGAGGUGAUGGAGCACAGGCUGGUCCUGGACACGGUGAAUGAGGUGAGCAGGGCUCUGCUGGAGCUGGUUCCCUGGAGAGCCCGGGAGGGGCUGGACAAGCUGGUGUCGGACACCAACGAGCGCUACAAGCUGGUCAGUGACACCAUCAGGCAGAGGGUGGAGGAGAUCGAUGCUGCUAUCCAGAGGUCUCAGCAGUACGAGCAGGCAGCUGAUGCAGAGCUGGCCUGGGUGGCUGAGACCAAGAGGAAGCUGAUGGCCCUGGGUCCCAUCCGCCUGGAGCAGGACCAGACAACGGCCCAGCUGCAGGUGCAGAAGGCGUUUUCCAUCGACAUCAUCCGGCACAAGGACUCCAUGGACGAGCUCUUCAGCCAGCGCCACGAGAUCUUUGGCACCUGUGGAGAGGAGCAAAAAGCUGUGCUCCAGGAGAAAACUGAGUCCCUGGUGCAGCAGUACGAGGCUGUGAGCCAGCUCAACUCAGAGCGUUACGCCCGCUUGGAGCGUGCCCAGGUGCUGGUGAACCAGUUCUGGGAGACCUACGAGGAGCUGAACCCAUGGAUUGAGGAGACCCAGGCCCUCAUCUCCCAGCUGCCACCCCCAGCCAUCGACCACGAGCAGCUCAAGCAGCAGCAGGAUGACAUGAGGCAACUGCGAGAGUCCAUCGCUGAACACAAACCUCACAUCGACAAGCUGCUGAAAAUCGGGCCCCAGCUCAAGGACCUCAACCCCGAGGAAGGGGAGAUGGUGCAGGAAAAAUACUCCAGGGCUGAAGCCUUGUAUGCCAAAAUCAAGGAGGAGGUUUGCCUGCGGGCCCUGGCGCUGGACGAGGCGUUCUCACAGUCCACCCAGUUCCACGACAAGAUCGAGCCCAUGCUGGAGAGCCUGGAGAGCCUCUCGUCCCGCCUGCGGCUGCCGCCCCUGAUCCCCGCCGAGGUCGACAAGAUCCGCGAGUGCAUCAGCGAGAACAAGAACUCCACCGUGGAGCUGGAGAAGCUGCAGCCCUCCUUUGAGGCCCUCAAACGCCGUGGGGAAGAGCUCAUCGCCCGCUCCCAGGGAGCAGACAAGGACCUGGCAGCCAAAGUCAUCCAGGACAAGCUGGAUCAGAUGGUUUUCUUCUGGGAAGACAUCAAGGCUCGGACCGAGGAGCGCGAGAUGAAGUUCCUCGACGUCCUGGAGCUUGCAGAGAAGUUCUGGUACGACAUGGCAGCGCUCCUGACGACCAUCAAGGACACCCAGGACAUUGUCCACGACCUGGAGAGCCCAGGCAUUGACCCCUCCAUCAUCAAGCAGCAGGUGGAAGCAGCAGAGACUAUCAAGGAGGAGACAGACGGGCUGCACGAGGAGCUGGAGUUCAUCCGCCUCCUGGGGACCGAUCUCAUCUUUGCCUGCGGUGAGACUGAGAAGCCAGAAGUGAAGAAGAGCAUUGACGAGAUGAACAACGCGUGGGAAAACCUGAACAAGACCUGGAAGGAGAGGCUGGAGAAGCUGGAGGAAGCCAUGCAGUCAGCUGUGCAGUACCAGGACACGCUCCAGGCCAUGUUUGACUGGCUGGACAACGCUGUGAUCAAACUGUGCAACAUGUCCCCCGUGGGCACCGACCUGAGCACGGUCAAGGAGCAGAUGAACGAGAUGAAGGAGUUUAAAAUGGAGGUUUACCAGCAGCAGAUUGAGAUGGAAAAGCUUAAUCACCAAGGUGAACUGAUGCUAAAAAAGGCUACGGAUGAGACAGACAGAGACAUCAUCAAGGAGCCACUGACAGAGCUCAAACAUCUCUGGGAGAACUUGGGCGAGAAAAUUGCUCACAGACAGCACAAGCUGGAAGCCGCCCUGCUGGCCCUGGGCCAGUUCCAGCACGCCCUGGCAGAGCUGAUGGCCUGGCUCACCCACACUGAGGAGCUGCUGGAUGCCCAAAAACCCAUCAAUGGGGACCCUAAAGUUAUCGAGGUGGAACUUGCAAAGCACCACGUGCUGAAGAAUGAUGUCCUGGCCCACCAAGCAACCGUGGAGACAGUGAACAAAGCAGGGAAUGAGCUGCUGGAGUCGAGUGCAGGGGACGAUGCCAGCAGCCUGCGGAACCGCCUGGAGAAGCUGAAUUCCUGCUGGGAAUCAGUGCUGCAGAAAACAGAGGAGAGGGAGCAGCAGCUGCAGUCCACCCUCCAGCAGGCUCAGGGUUUCCAUGGUGAGAUUGAAGACUUCCUCCUGUGGCUAACGAGGAUGGAGAGCCAAUUGUCGGCCUCAAAACCCACGGGAGGUCUGCCAGAAACUGCCCGGGAACAGCUCAAUGCCCACAUGGAGCUCUACAGCCAGCUCAAAGCCAAGGAGGAUGUCUACAGCCAGCUGCUGGCCAAGGGGAGGCUGAUGCUGCUCAACCGCGAUGAUUCUGGCUCCAGCUCCAAGACAGAGCAGAGCGUGGCCCUGCUGGAGCAGAAAUGGAGUCUGGUCAGCACCAAGAUGGAGGAGAGAAAGGCGAAGCUGGAGGAGGCAUUGGCCCUGGCCACGGACUUCCAGAACUCCCUGCAGGAUUUCAUCAACUGGCUGACCCUGGCUGAGCAGAGCCUGAACAUUGCACCACCGCCCAGCCUCAUCCUGGCCGCGGUGCUGGCCCAGAUCGACGAGCACAAGGUGUUCGCCAACGAGGUGAACGCGCACCGCGACCGCAUCAUCGAGCUGGACCAGACUGGCAACCAGCUGAAGUUCCUCAGCCAGAAGCAGGACGUGGUGCUGAUCAAGAACCUGCUGGUCAGCGUCCAGUCCCGCUGGGAGAAGGUGGUGCAGCGCUCAGUGGAGAGGGGACGGGCUCUUGAUGAUGCCAGGAAGAGAGCCAAGCAGUUCCACGAAGCCUGGAAGAAGCUGAUUGAUUGGCUGGAGGAUGCAGAGAAUCACCUGGACUCAGAGCUGGAGAUCUCCAAUGACCCUGACAAAAUCAAGCUGCAGCUCUCCAAACACAAGGAGUUCCAGAAGACCCUGGGUGGGAAGCAGCCUGUGUAUGACACCACCAUCAGGACAGGCAGAGCCCUCAAAGAAAAAGCCUUGCUUCCGGAUGACACUCAAAAACUGGACAAUUUGCUGGGAGAAGUCAGGGAUAAAUGGGACACAGUGUGUGGAAAAUCCGUGGAAAGGCAGCACAAGCUGGAGGAGGCCCUUCUGUUCUCUGGGCAGUUCAUGGAUGCUCUGCAGGCUCUGGUGGAUUGGCUCUACAAGGUGGAGCCCCAGUUAGCUGAGGACCAGCCUGUCCACGGGGACCUGGAUCUGGUCAUGAACCUGAUGGAUGCUCACAAGGUGUUCCAGAAGGAGCUGGGGAAGCGCACGGGGACGGUGCAGGUGCUGAAGCGCUCGGGCCGCGAGCUCAUCGACGGCAGCCGGGACGACACCACCUGGGUGAAGGUGCAGCUGCAGGAGCUCAGCAACCGCUGGGACACGGUGUGCAAGCUGUCUGUGUCCAAACAGACCCGCCUGGAGCAGGCCCUCAAGCAGGCUGAGGAGUUCAGGACAGCCGUGCACAUGCUGCUGGAGUGGCUCUCGGAGGCAGAGCAGUCCCUGCGCUUUCGGGGAGCGCUGCCCGACGACGCCGAGGCCCUGCAAGCCCUCAUUGAUGCCCACAAGGAGUUCAUGAAGAAAGUGGAGGAGAAGAGGGUGGACGUGAACGCGGCGGUGGGGAUGGGCGAGGUCAUCCUGGGCGCCUGCCACCCCGACUGCAUCACCACCAUCAAGCACUGGAUCACCAUCAUCCGGGCCAGGUUUGAGGAGGUUCUCACAUGGGCAAAGCAGCACCAGCAGAGGCUGGAGUCAGCACUUUCCGAGCUGGUGGCCAAUGCAGAGCUUCUGGAGGAGCUCCUGGCUUGGAUCCAGUGGGCUGAGACCACCCUGAUCCAGCGGGACCAGGACCCCAUCCCCCAGAAUAUUGAUCAGGUCAAGGCGCUCAUCUCCGAGCACCAGUCCUUUAUGGAGGAGAUGACACGGAAACAGCCAGACGUGGACCGGGUGACAAAAACCUACAAAAGGAAAGCGACUGAGCCUCCCCACGGGCCCUUCAUCGACAAAUCCCGCAGCAACAGGAAAUGCCUGGGGCAGGCUGCUCCCCCCAGCAUGCCCAUCAUCUCCCAGUCAGAAACGAAGAAUCCCAGGAUAAACCAGCUCUCAGCACGCUGGCAGCAGGUCUGGCUGCUGGCCCUGGAGAGGCAGAGGAAGCUCAACGAUGCCCUGGACAGGCUGGAGGAGCUGAAGGAGUUUGCAAACUUCGACUUUGACGUGUGGAGGAAGAAGUACAUGCGCUGGAUGAACCACAAGAAGUCGCGGGUGAUGGAUUUCUUCCGGCGCAUCGACAAGGACCAGGACGGGAAAAUCACGCGGCAGGAGUUCAUCGACGGCAUCCUGGCUUCCAAAUUCCCCACCACCAAGCUGGAGAUGACGGCGGUGGCCGAUAUCUUUGACCGCGAUGGUGACGGCUACAUCGACUACUACGAGUUUGUGGCUGCCCUCCAUCCCAACAAGGACGCCUACAGACCCACCACUGACGCUGACAAGAUCGAGGAUGAGGUCACCAGGCAAGUGGCCCAGUGCAAGUGUGCCAAGAGAUUCCAAGUGGAGCAGAUCGGCGAGAACAAAUACCGGUUCUUCCUCGGCAAUCAGUUCGGAGACUCCCAGCAGCUGCGGCUGGUCCGGAUCCUGAGGAGCACGGUCAUGGUCCGUGUGGGAGGAGGAUGGAUGGCCCUGGACGAGUUUCUGGUGAAGAAUGACCCGUGCAGAGCACGAGGAAGGACCAACCUGGAGCUGCGGGAGAAGUUCAUCCUGCCCGAGGGGGCCUCGCAGGGGAUGACCCCGUUCCGCUCGCGGGGCCGCCGCUCCAAACCCUCCUCCAGAGCAGCCUCCCCGACCAGGUCCAGCUCCAGCGCCAGCCAGAGCAACCACAGCUGCGCCUCCAUGCCCUCCUCUCCCGCCACCCCAGCCAGCGGAGCCAAGACUCCACACCACUUCUCCCGAUGCUAUGACAAACCCUGGUUGAUAAACAGUAAAGCGAGCACCCCCCUGAGGGGAAUCGAUUAUUCCGACUUCCAGCUCCCCAGCACUGAGGUGACCCCCUCGGCGGGCAGCAAGCUGAAGCGCCCCACGUUCCACUCCAGCAGGACCUCCCUGGCUGGGGACACCAGUAACAGCUCCUCCCCAGUCUCAACAGGUGCCAAAACCACUCGGGCAGACCCCAAGAAGGCCGCCAGCCGCCCCACGAGCCGCGCCGGGAGCCGCACGGGCAGCAGGGCCAGCAGCCGGCGGGGCAGCGACGCCUCCGACUUCGACCUGCUGGAGACGCAGUCGGCGUGCUCGGACACCUCGGAGAGCAGCGCGGCCGGCGGGCAGGGCUCCCGCCGCGGCGCCGCCGCCAAGCCCUCCAAAAUCCCCACCAUGUCCAAGAAGGCGCCCGCCGCCGCCGCCCCGAAAACGCCCGGCCCCAAGAGAUAAUACUGUACCCCCGCCGCCCUUCCCCGGGGAGAGGAAGGGAAAGCAGACAUGCAAACAGAAAAACACACGCGGAAAAAAAACGAGGAAAAAAAAAAAAAAGCGCCCAACCCGUGUCCACUUUUUAGCCCUACAUUGGAUGUAUAUUUAUUCUAAAUGGGAGAAACUAUAUUGUUAAAAGUGUAAAAGAAAAGUUGUGUUAUGAAGCUGCCUUAUUUGGAUUAUUAUUUCUUUUUUGGUUUAUGGUUUUGUUUUUUGGUUUCUUUUUUGGUUUUUUUUUUUUUUUUCCUUUUUUGUAAGUUACUAUUUUCAUGUGAAUAUUUAUGUAGAUAUUAAAAAAAAAAAAAAAAAAAUUGCCUCUCGGUGACCCCCCUGUUUAGAGAGGGGCCUGGAAAACUGAAAUGUGGGAGAGAAAGAAAAAAAAAAUCAAGAAAAAGAUUUUAAAAAAAAAAAAAGGAAGCAAAAAAAAAAAAAGGUCAAGAUGUGAAAGUAUAAAGAAAAACUAAAAUAUAAAUAGGAUUUCUGCGCGGUGCAGGGUGUGAACCUGCUUUAUCUUUUAGGAUUGUUUCCUAAAUGCAUCUUUAUAAACUUAACUUGCUGUCUCAGCAAGGUAAAUUAUAUUUAAAAGCAAAGACCUGAAUCCUGCAGUGUUCAAGGAACUCUCUUUUUGUAAAUCACAGAUACCUCAACCAGAGAAACAUGAGGUGAGGGGACUUGGGGCUUAUGUUUCCAUUUUUUUUAAAGCUAUGUGGUUUUAUCUGAAGAAAGCGGAGUUUGACUUUAAUAAAAUUUGCACACACUACAGCAAAGGCCGUGACAAUUUUGCUGUCUUGAAAAUACUGUCUUGACAACUUUGUUUUUUAAAGAACAAACCAAGGGUGAAGGGUUUGGGGAAGGGUUUGAGGAAGGGCUUCACAUGCAGGGUAGGAUUGCAGGUCUGGAUCACUGGGAUGCAUCCCUUAGAGGUGGUGGGCCCUCCAAAAUCAAGGAAUCUUCUGGAUUGAUGGCUUAACCAGCCCGCCCCGAGGCGUUCCUUACACAAUCACUGUUUUAUCUGCAUCUCUCUUUUGUUUUCCUAUUUAUUAUUUAACUGGUCAUUCCACUUCCAGCCAGGCUGAGAUUGAUGUGAACUCUGCUCCUAGGAGAAAUCUGGACUUACACGCACAGUUGCUUGUCCUUGAAAUGAGUCUCACCAGCACAGUCGCUGCAAGUCCUGUCUCGCUUUUGUACGCCCCUUUUUCUUUGUAAUAAAAUCCAACUCGACCAAGUGACCAGGAGACGAGGGCUCUGCACAGCUCCUGUAUUUAUUAAAUAUUGUUCCUCUCCGGCUCUGACCGUGUUGCUGUGUGAUUCUCUCAAUUGGUUUCAAAUUGAGGCAAAACCGAAGCUCUACCAAUGAAUUGUUUAAAAGAACCAGACACAUUUUUGUAUUAAAAUUGCUUGCGGUAAUAAACAAUCUUGCCUCCUG